AUGCGUUACAACAUCAUCGCCAUUGCUUUUGCCCUCUCCGCCGUUGGCCUCGCCGACAAACUGGAAUUCGAGGAUGUCCCACGCAAUUGUAUCGACAUUUGCACACCCGUCGUCACUCUAACAACCGGAUGUGACGACAGAGGUCCAAACGACGACGACUUCGCUGAGCGCCAAUGCAUUUGCAAUGCCCAAAACGCAAACACCCAGAUUCCCAACUGCGCUGACUGCAUCUGGCGAAACGGCGGCAAAUUUGACAACGACGCCCAAGAUCUUGUUCGUGACUGUGGCUUCACUCCAGUUAGCGGCGCGCCCUCAGGUCCUACCCCAACUGGCCCAAGGCCUGGAGGUCCCGGCGGCUCAGGCCCCGUCCCGACAAACCCACCAAGCAACAACCAAGGUGGUAACAAUCCCAAUGGCAACACCAACAACGUCAGCACGGGUACUGGUGCUGGUACUCAAGGUACUACUUCUCAAGGCACUCAAGGUGGUAUCCAAGGCAACGCCCAGCCCGCUGGCAACUCCGCCAACACGCCCACCGUCGCCUUGGCCGCGGCCUUUGCCGGUCUUGUUGGCUUUGCCGGUCUCUUUUUGUAA